AUGUUUCCACCUUAUGUAACGAUGCCCAGCCCUCAUUCGUCUUUUCGUCAGAGACCAUCUUAUCAACAUCAAAAGCGACCGUGUUGCCAUUGGUCUGCACCGACUUAUUCGGUAAAUAAUCUCACCAACGUCCAACAUUCUCCAAAUUGGCAUGGUCUGUCGAGAGCAUCCUCGCCAUAUAUCUAUAAAAAUCCACAAAACACGGUAGAUGCUUCACGUUUGAUACAAGAACGUGGUAGUUCCUGUUCAACUUCUCCCAACAGCAGACGUCACAAUAGGAAUUCAGGAACGGUAUAUCUUGCUGAACAGUUUGAUGUCAACGACUACGUCAUACCGGCUAUGACAUCUAAUCCUUGGGCGAAGUUAGAGAAAUUUUAUGCUAGUCGUUGAUUAGAUGAACAAUGAUGUGAUACAAUCUUCUCAGUCUAUAUUAACCACUGUGAACUUAAUAAAAACGUGCUGGAUUUCUUAAAUCUUUG